AGUACACUUACUCCAUUCCAAGGGUAGGCGAGACUGGACCCACAUAUAUUUUCAGAGCUGCUUUUAUCCGCAACAUCCCUCAUUAGUUUAAACCAGUCGAGUGUGCAUCUCUGUGUAUGUAUGCAGAUGUGUCUGUGUAUAUGUGUUUAUGUCCUUUUUAGGGCAUGCAGUUAAUCUCCGUGUAUUUGUGUUUCCUCUUUCUCCAGGCCCCAGCAGUGUGAGCGAUGAGCCCCCGUUCCACAGGAUCAUAUCCUCCGCCCCAGGGGGCGCCCCUCGAGUGUCCUGCCAGGGCAGCCCCCAGCCCCCCGCCACCCCUGCCCCCAAACGCCGCUCUCUCCUCCUUCCGCCUGCUCCCGCUUCAAAGAAGGAGCUUCAGAAGAAUCCUGAAAUUGCACGACCAGCUUUAUCGUCUCCUAAACGACUAGCAGUGGUCUCCCCCAAACCUCAGUCACCAGUCCCCAGACAGAGACCAGUGGCAGCUGUACAGAGGGUGACCCUCAGCACCUCCCCCCAGAAGAAUGCCCCCGAGCCGGCCGCUCCGCAGAAGGAGGGCCCGUCAGAGCAGGAGGUGCAUGAUCUGCAGGAGCGAUGUGAGGAGCAGGCCAGGCAGCUGGAGCUCAUGAGGGCCGAGCUGAAGAAGACAACUCUGGGCCUGGAGGCCUUCGCCAUCUGCACCCAGCACCUGUGUCUCCAGAGCCAGAGCGCUACUGAGAAGGAGAAGGAACUGUCUCUGGAACUAGACAGGAUUAAGGAUAAAGUUGCCUGGAACAAGGAGCAGUUGGAGCACAUUCAGAGGGAGAAGGCCGAGCUUGAGCUGAACUUCCACCAGGAAGUGAGGGAGCUGCAGGGAAAACAGGGGGCGGAGCUUACAGCCCUGGAAAUGGAGAUGAGGAGCCGUCACUCAGCCGAGCUGGAGCACCUGAGGGCGGAGCAUCAGUCAGAGGUGGAGGAGCUUAGGACCCAGCAGCUGGAGCAGAUUGAUGAGAUGGCCGUUAAUCACGCAUCUGCUAUGGAGGAACUGAGGACCAUGCAGGACUUCACCAUGGCAACCGUUCAGGAGGAACACACACGCACCAUGAGAGACCUGAGGAAAGCCCAUGAGCAGCAUAAGAGCAAGCUGGAGGAGGAUUUCCAGCACUUCAGAUUCUCCCUGCAGGACCAGGUGGACACCCUGACGUUCCAGAAUCAGACCCUGAAAGACAAGGCCAAGAGGUUUGAAGAGGCUCUCAGGAGGAGUUCUGAUGAACAGAUAGUGGAUGCCCUGGCUCCUUACCAGCACAUAGAGGAGGACCUGAAGAGCUUGAAGGACGUUCUAGAGAUGAAGAACCAACAGAUCCAUGACCAGGAGAAGAAGAUUUCAGAACUCGAGAAAAUGCAGGCCCAUAAGAACGUGGUUCUGGAGGAACGGGUCCAGGUGCUUCAGCAGCAGAACGAGGAUCUGAAGGCUCGCAUCAACAACAACCUCUCCAUCUCCAGGCAUCUGUCGGAGGAGAACGCCACGCUGCAGGUGUCCGUGGAGAAGGAGAGCAACGAGAAGAAGCGUCUGAGCCGCAACAACGAGGAGCUGCUGUGGCGCCUGCAGAUGGGCGAGCUCAGCCCCCGCAUGUCCCCCUGCGCCUCCCCCAGCCACCGCAGCACCUCCUUCUUCCCCGCCUCCGCCGAAAUCCCCCCGUACCCCUACUCGCCCGGCCCGGGCACCCCCACCCACGGCUUCUCACCGGGGCCCGGCACUCCUCCGACCCACAGGGCCCUGCCUCUGUCCGGUCCGAGCAGCCCGGCCCCCAGGAACUCCCCCGCAAGGGCUCUCUCUGCCUGCGUCAACACGCAGUAAAACAGCAAAGCAGGGGUGAGACUGUGGAAACAGGUAUACCCCCCAGCACUGACUCCAGGAGCCAACAGCAUACUGCCAGAUAGACCUGAGCUACCAGCGACUCUACUCUGGGGCAGAUGUACGUUAGAGAGCGCAAACGAUGCGCAGAAAGCGCACGCUGUGCCUUUUUUUUAUUUUACGUUGAAUGUACUAAACCCAUGACCGCUCGCAUAAUCAACACGUCACUGCCCUCUAAUUGAACAGGGCAUAUUUGUGGUCUAUUGGUCUAACAAAUUCAAUAGUGACAUGUAGAAUGUGAAAAAGCCAUGCAAGACAUAACAAGGCAAACAAAAGUAAAGGCUGCUUUUAACAUGGUACAAAUGAACUAACUCACAAUCUGGAUUACACCUGCUUUUUUUACCACAAAACAGACGUGCACUAUCCUCCGCAGUUUUCAUACAUACAACGGAAUAUGUAAUCAGUCGCUCCUUGUGCUUCUCCCAUACAUUUUGCCCAAAUCUCCCACUUUUCCUUCCCACAACCCUCCCACAAAUGCAUGCACGUAAAUCAGAAGAGCGCUACUUGUCAUUUGGCGCUCCUACAGCAGACAGAAAGCGUGUUUAGCCAUGUGUGUCUGUUGGUACCGGUACAUACCAUGCCAUGUUUUUAGGCGCACAUUAAAACAGGCGCUAACGUGUUGGUACAUCUGCCCCUCAGUUCUUUUUGUUAUCUCUGAUCACACAAAGCCCAUGCAGGGGUGGGUACGUGGAUAAUAUUCAUUUUCUAUGUGUUUUAUAAUCUGACUUUCAAGCAGUAAACUAAGAGAGAGAGAAAGACUAGCAGUGAAUACGGUGAGAGAGAUGGAGAGAGAGAAAGAGACAGUCAAGCAAUAAACUGAGUGAGAGAGAGAGAGAGAUAUGAGAGAGAGAGAUGAGAUGAGAUGAGAGAGAGAGAGAUUUUUAGUAGGAUAUUUAAUCCCCUCAUUUGGGUGGUUCUAGUAUCUCUUGCUGGAUAAACACAGACAGGCUGAACUCUGUAGUUAUCUGUAGUUAUUUAUAUAUAU